AUGGCCGGAUUAAUGGAUCUUCCCAAUGAGAUUAUAUAUCUUAUCCUCAGUUACAUAAUCGUAUGUCCAAUCGCAGCUGCAGCCCCCUCGUUCUCGUUCUUAGUACCCACGAGACGUCCAGAUGAACCCAACAUAUGUAUCUUCCAACUUCGUCAAGUAAACCACCGUUUCAACUCUCACAUAUCUCGACUUUUCUUCGAAAACAUUACCAUCCCUUACGAAGCUUACAGCUCUUUCCCUACUUUUUUAAAAUCCGCGAUUUUUAGUCCUGAAAAUGAGAAUGUCGGGUAUAUUAAACGGUUGUCGAUUAAGCCGUUUAUAUUGGAUAGCGAAUCUCGAUGUCGGUAUUUGAAUAGUUUGGGUUCACUUGUGAAGGAUCUGGAUGUUGCGAGGGAGGAGUUUAAAGCGGAUAUGAAGAAGGAUAUCGCGGGUUUGAUUGGAAGGUUACGGCCAAAUCAACUGGUGGGAUUCGAAUGCGCAAUUCACGGAUUGGUAGAUUAUCAAGCUCUUAUUGAUACCCAGAGAUCACUUCAGCAGCUACUCGUCAACCCAGUCGAACUAGUCCCACAUAUUCUCGAUAACCCCAAUUUCUUUCUGCCAUGCCUCCAAAAUCUCCAUCUGGAAGGCUUCCGCCCAUCCCACGAAACUCAGUACCAACUCCUCGCUAGAACUAUCAUCCAGCCGUACGCCAGCAAGUUACGAGUCUUGAGUAUAGACAUGACCGAGGAUACCAGAGACGGAAGCCCUUCUACCUACCAUUCCGAGGCCAUACUCGAAACCUGCAAAAGUCGGCUCAAGGCAACUCUAGGAGCCGAUAUCCUAGACCCACAGGUUAUACCCCUCGAAUUCACACAACUGGAAGAACUAAGUAUCCAAGGUUCUCACAAUUCCCACCCGAUCCCCGUUUUUGAAGGAUUACUCCCUAUCACCUCCCUAGGACGGCUAACGAUCAAAAAUUGCACCCAAUUGAACGACGUAUACCGCCUCUUACCAACCGCGUUUCCGAGGAUAAAUCACCUGCACAUCGAAGGGUCUCUAACCAUGAGAAGGGUGACCAGGAUCCUAGAACAUUUCCCUCGGCUUUCCCACUUCCAUUUGUCUCACAUCCCAAAAUCCAGCGCCGAUUCAUCGUUUUUUAACAGACUCGCUUUAUGGCAUCACAGAUGUAGUCUGCAAAGUAUCUGGCUAGGGGCCGGUCAUAUUUCGAGUCAAAAAGUCAUAACUAGGAAUACAAGGCCCAGAAGGUUGCAUGUGAAUGAUAUAGGAAGGCAUCUUCGUAGAUUUGUAGAGAUAGCUGUGGAAGUUCGACUAGAUGAGUUGUUUUUGGGAAAUAAUAUACCGAAUUGGCCGAGACUGCCAAAUUUGGAGCUUCUGAGGGUUUUAGGAUCAGAUACCGAACCAGAAUCUGAAUCCGAUACCCCACCGGAGCCACCAAUGCACCCGUCCGAUGCGAUAAAAAUACUCUGGACCCAACGGUUAGAACAAACGUUUUGUAAAAUUACCAAUUUCCCGGGAGAGUUCUGGCUCAUCCACGGAAUGUACAAGAAACCAGUUUAUAGCGGUCCGACGGGUCCACGGGUGGAGAUUUUCAAAUCAUGGAUAGGGGAGGGUGGGGAGGUUGUUAUAAAGGAAAUGAGCUUUCGGGAUGCUAGGAGGAGGUUUCCUAGGAGCUUGAUAUUGGGGACUGAGAGGGAUCAGGCGAUGUGGGAGGGGCCGGUGCGGGGUUGA